AGGAAGGUCUCACUUGGAUUGAUCACAUGCUCUUGAGCAUCAUGUCUCAGAUAAUUUUGCUGUUGCUCAUCGGCUUCGUGCCACUAAUCGCAUCUGAGUAUGUCCGGGUAUGUUAUUACACCAACUGGUCCCAAUACAGACCAAAAGGAGGCACGUUCUGGCCUGAGGACAUCGAUCCCCAUCUUUGCACCCAUGUUAUUCACUCAUUUUCAAAAGUAAGCCGGACCACGCAUAAAAUGGAGAAAUAUGAGGAAAAUGACUUUGAUUUGUACAAACGAAUCAACGCACUGAAAAAGAUCAACCCAAAGUUGAAGACCCAGAUCGCAGUUGGUGGUUGGACGCACGAAGAGAAAGACAGUCCUUUUUCGAAGAUGGUCGCAACCAAAGCAAAAAGGGCUAUUUUCAUCAAAUCUGCCAUUGACACCUUAAGGAAGUUUGGUUUUGAUGGACUUGACCUUGACUGGGAGUACCCUGGCAUGCGAGGAGGAUCUCCAAAGAGCGACAAAGGAAGGUUUACUCUUUUGUGUCAAGAACUUCGUGAAGCUUUUGAGGCAGAAGCAAAAGCCACUGGGAAAGAACGACUUCUCCUCACCGCCGCUGUUGCAGCUGGACUUUGGACAAUCAAAGGAGCGUACGAUAUUGAAGGUAUUUCUAAGCCACUAGACUGGAUCAACGUUAUGACCUAUGACCUGCAUGGUACCUGGGAAUACAAGACAGGUCAUCACACAGCCAUGGGGCCAGAUGGUGAUAAGCUUACAUUGCRAUUCGCUAUCUGGUACUGGAUGAAUAACAGAGACASCUGGGAGAAACCUGGAAUUCGAAAAGGAAUGCCAGCUGAGAAAAUCGUUUUAGGUCUUGCAACAUAUGGACGUGCGUUUGGUCUUGCCAGUCCCAGCACAAAUGGUCUAGAUGCUGCAAGAGACUAUCAGUACACGCCCAAAGGUAAAUACACCGGUGCUGAAGGUUUCCUGGCAUACUAUGAAAUUUGUAAACGAGGUCUCACUGUGGUCCACAAGAACAAAGCAAUGGCUCCUUAUGGUUACAAGGAUAAGGACUGGAUUGGUUAUGAUGAUCAGCAGAGUCUCAUCUAUAAAAUUGACAAUGUAGUGAAGAAGAAUAAGCUACGUGGUGUGAUGUUCUGGGCGAUUGACUUGGAUGACUUCAGUGGAGCACAUUGUGGACAAGGCAAGUACCCUCUUAUGAGCGCUGUUAAGAACUACCUUACUUCUGGAGUCCAGCCAACGUUUCCCGUGACCCAGCCUCCACCUGCCCCCGUCACUACCGCAGCUCCACCAAUGCCAGGAACAACACAAGCUCCUCCGCCUCCGCCAGUCACUACUCAGGCACCACCUGCUCCAGCUACUACAGCGUCCCCUGGAGGUGGAGGAUGCAAAGCAAUUGGAGCCUGGGCCGGAAAUGCUAAUAUGGACGCAUGGUGUGUAGCCAAUUGUGCUCUCAACAAUUGCCCAAGUAGUAUCUGCAAAUGUUAGUUCAAUGUAUGAACUUACCAWAAGAAAAUAAAGAAACAUUAUUCCAUAUUA